AUGGAUGCUAUUGCAUCAAUUGGAAUGUCUUGGUUGAAUGACUUGCAGAAACUUGCUGAAUGGGCGAGAAAAGCCAGAGUGGAUCCCAAUGAUCCGCAGAAUUCAGAUUUAAUGCAAGUAAUUAAGUACACAACUGAGGAGAGCCAACAUGCUCCUGAAUACUUUAGAUUAGAUCAAAUACAAGAAGAGUUUAACUUUGUAACAGAUAAAAAUCUGGAGCUCUCUAAACGUUUUCAAUUACUGAUGCUAAGAAAUUCUGGAGUUCCUGAAUAUUGUUGCUUUAAGCAAGUGCCGCCAUAUGACAAAGAGAUAUCUGACAAUAUUUUCCAGGAAUUUGAAAGCCAAAGGGAUGACAUUUUUAUAAAUAUCGGUGAAGAUUCACUGACAGAACAGAGAAUGAUGGCACUGAAGCAUCUAGAAAAGAUCCAAGUGCAACCAUUUGUUGAAGUUACUUUCCAGCAAUCCAUGUAUCAGACAAGUAUUGCUGAUGGAACCCAGCCAUGUUGGAAUGAAAAACUUGAAAUGGAUUUCAAGUCACCAAAUGGAGAUUACAACAGUGCAGCCUUAUGCAAAAUGAAGGACAAGAUAUUAAUUAACGUAUUUGAUAAUAUAAGUGUUCCUAACCCAGAGAGUGACUGCCUCGAGACGUGCAAUAUUAAGCCUCAUGUCAAGCAUUGGCUGGGAUCCAUUGCUAUUCCAUUCAAUACAGUACUUGAACAAUCAAAGGUGAAUGGCACUUUCAGAAUAGAUACCCCACCAAUGUUACUCGGAUAUACUUGGAAGAAAGUAGAUACAGGCUCUUGUGAGCAAUUUUAUGAGUUUGGACUUGCAGAAAGCUCACUUCUAACAAUCUUUAUAACGUUGGAUCCUCAGGUUUCUUGUUCAGAUACUGAAGACAACCAACCGCCUCUCUGGCAGUUGGAAUCAAUAGAAGAUGAAGAUCUGAUACAUAUGGCAUAUACAUUUCAAAGAGACAUUAAUAAUCUUUACCCAAAACGAAGAGUCAUUGUCAAUACUAUUGACACUGAAUGUAGAGUUGGGAUUGUUACAAGAUAUAUCAGACCACUUUGUCCACCACAAGAACUGCUUGAUAUAUUUCCUGAAAAUUCCAAGGCAACCUUUAAUCUUAUAGCUAGAUUUGUGUCCUUGAUUCCAUACCUUCCAGAUCACCUAGGCUUCUCAGAUGCCUGCAAUACUUGGCUGACAUCACAGCAAUUUCUUAACCUGAUACUUGGAGGUAAAGAAGACCAUGCAGUCCUUCUUUGUAACUACUUCUUGUACAUGAAGGCAAAUGCUUUUGUGCUGUUAGGAACCUCAAUUCUUGAAGGAGUGACAGCGUAUGUGAUUACUCAAGAAAAAACGGCCACCAUGAUAUGGAAUCCAGAAACUGGAGAGUGUUAUGACCAGUACAAUGCUUUUUGUCCACUUCAAAGUGCUGAUUGUUUGAUCAAUAAAGAAAAUGUCUGGGCUAAUAUUCAGAAGAACAGUCUCCCUAUGAGUGUAAAUUUUGAUGUCACAAAGGAAAAUAAUUGGCGACCAUUCUUCACCAAGGGUUCCCAGAAUUAUGUAUUAUCUUCUGUACAGCCGCCAGAACUAAUCUACCACGUCACAGAAAAAAGCCUUGUUGAUAAAUUACAGAGCAGGAUUGAAUGGGCUUUGAAGAAUAAAAUCAUGGAAUGGAGAGCUCAGCACCCAACGCGAUGGAAUCGUUACUGCACUGGAGUGUUUCAAAAUUUUCUUCCACUACUUGAACAAAACCUUGGUCGCUCAGUGAGUGAAGAACAGAGCACAGGAUUAGAAAGUUUAUUAAAAGAAUUCAAGGUUUCUGGAUUUCCUAUUCAGAUGCGCUAUUCAAAUUUACAGACAAUAUUUGAUAAAGUCUACAGUACUGGUAUUCAUAAUGUAGAAAUCCCUAAUGUGGAGUUUGCUGUUGCAGUGUACAUUUAUCCAUAUCCUAAUAAUGUACUAUCAGUGUGGAUCUAUGUAGCAUCUUUGGUACAUGAGACAUAA